GUGAAACUAAGUCUUCGAUUUCAGGUUUCUCUCCUGCGUAUUUCUGUGUUACUGUUUAGGCUAAAAUUCGUGUUUUUAGAUUCAGCAUUUUAGCACUUUUCUACACACAGUUUAAGAGUUCCCAAAAGCCACUGAGAGUGACGUCGGCAUGGAUCUGGGUCACAGCAGACAGAGGAGAGGACCAGCUGUGAGUUUUAAAGCAGCAGGACUUGUUGUCUUCCUUCUCUCUGUGUCAGAUGCUCUAAACCCUCCCUCUGUGUCAGUGAGUCCCUCUGGUGAGAUAGUGCAGGGCAGUUCAGUGAAUCUGACCUGUAGCAGUGAUGCUAACCCAGCAGCUAAAUAUACCUGGUACAAGGAGGAUGGAAACCUCAGACCUCUCAGUGAAGAACCACAGCUCGUCUUCAGCUCCAUCCAGUCCUAUAACUCUGGACGAUAUUACUGCACAGCUCAAAAUGAGCUGGGGACAUCUACAUCUGAAUCCAUCUCUAUCAAUGUGAAACAUGCUCCAUGGCAAAUCUCUGUGUCGGGUCCCUCUGGUGAGAUAGUGGAGGGCAGAUCAGUGACUCUGACCUGUAGCAGUGAUGGUGACCCACCACCUACUCUCACCUGGUACAAGGAGAACCAAACACUGCAUCAUGGUGAAGAGGGCAUUUAUCAUUUCAUCUCCUGGCACAAGGAGGACCAAAUACUGCAUCGUGGUCAAGACGGCAUUUAUCAUUUCACCUCCAUCCGCUCUGAGGACAGCGGGUUCUACUACUGCAAGUCUGAGAAUCAAUAUGGAGAGAUGAAGUCUCAACGUCGAUUUAUAGAUGUCCAGUAUGCUCCAAAGCUUCCCUCUGUGUCAGUGAGUCCCUCUGCUGAGAUAGUGGAGGGCAGUUCAGUGAAUCUGACCUGUAGCAGUGAUGCUAACCCAGCAGCUAACUAUACCUGGUACAAGAAGGACCACACAAUAUUUCAGGGACUAGAGGGAAAUUACUAUUUCAAGUCCAUCAGCUCUGAGGACAGAGGAAUCUACUACUGCAUGUCUAAGAAUCAGUACGGACAGAACAGGUCAUCUCUAUCAGUAGAUGUUCAGUAUGCUCCAAAGCUUCCCUCUGUGUCAGUGAGUCCCUCUGCUGAGAUAGUGGAGGGCAGUUCAGUGACUCUGACCUGUAGCAGUGAUGCUAACCCAGCAGCUAACUAUACCUGGUACAAGGAGGAUGAAGACUCACCAAAAGCAUCAGGACAGAUCUUCACCAUCUCUAACUUCACAGCUGAACACAGUGGGAAUUAUUACUGUGAAGCCCAGAACACAAGAGGACGUCAUAACUCCACCUCACAGCUGACUGUUGUGGCAGAUAAAUCAACAAUGAUCAUAACGAUCAUCAGUUUAACUCUGGUUGUCAUGUUGAUUCUACUGCUUCUUUUUUGUCUGUGGAUCAGGAAGAAGAAAACUCUGAGCUCCACCACUGAGCUGAAUGAACCCAAAGAGACUCCAGAGUUGGUCCGAAUCAAGUCUGCAGCAGAGACAGAAGACACAAAGGAGGAGGAAGAACUGGUGUGAAGGUCAGCCAGGUUUGAUGCUGCUGCAGGGCCUCAAAAGAAGAACUCUAAUUAAUCUCCAUUGAUGAGUUUUCAGGUUUCAGUAGCAGAUGAUGACAUGAGAUACGUACUUAUUGAGCUCCAGAGGGGAAACUCAGGUCCUGCAGCAGCAUAAAGACAGAAAUGAGUGCAGAUAAUAAGGAACGUUAAAAAUAGAAAAAAAAUAAAAGUAAAAAUAAAAACAAGUAAUUAAAGACAA